AUGUACAAUUACAAUUUUUGUACAUUUAUUUUUUCGUGUUCGUGUUCGUGGCGUGACGUCCUUGCGGUUAUUCAACUCUGUAUUCUGUCGUUUCAAGAAAAAAAUAUAUGAAAUUUAAGAAUUUACAUUUUAUUUAUUAAGCCGUACCGUAUAAACGGUGCAAGCAUAAAAUUAUUAUAAAAUGUUGCGUUUAAUCAGACAGUCUGUUACAAAAAGGUACAUACAGCAAUGGGAAAAACAUUUAAAAGGCUUUUCUACUGUAGCACAGGCAGAGCCCCAGAAACCUGACAUUAAAACCUCUGUACCUGGCCCGAAAACAACUGCAUUGCUCAAGGAAUUGUCUAGUUUGCAGCAAGCAGGUUCAGUUCAGUUGUUUGCUGAUUAUGAUAAGUGCAUUGGUAACUAUUUUGUGGAUGCUGACGGGAAUACAUUCUUGGACUCCUUUACACAAAUAUCAUCAGUACCUGUGGGUUACAAUCAUCCAGCGUUGUUGGCAGCUUUUGAAGAUAAACACAGUCUAAGAGCCCUUGUAAACCGGCCCGCUCUUGGCGUGUUCCCGGCGGUGGACUGGCCGCAGAAGUUGAGGAGCGUGCUCAUGAGCGUCGCUCCCCGAGGGCUGGACGCCGUCUCCACCAUGAUGUGUGGCUCCUGUUCCAACGAGAACGCAUACAAAAAUGUAUUCAUGUGGUACCGUUUGAAAGAACGGGGAGGGAAACUUGAUUUCACUCCCGAAGAGAUGGCGUCGUGUAUGGUCAACCAGCCGCCGGGCUCGCCGAAUUUAUCAAUUUUAUCUUUUAAAGGUAGUUUUCACGGGCGUACAUUCGGGGCCUUGUCCACUACGAGAUCGAAACCGAUCCAUAAACUCGACUGCCCCUCGUUUGAUUGGCCAGUCGCUCCGUUCCCGAGAUACAAAUAUCCGCUCAAUCAAUUUAAAUCAGAAAAUCACGCGGAAGAUAACAAAUGUCUCGAGCAAGUAGCCGACGCGAUAGAGAAGUAUAAAACAAAAGGACGUCCCGUCGCCGGAGUUAUCGUGGAACCGAUUCAGUCUGAAGGAGGCGAUUACGAGGCUUCGCCUUACUUUUUCCAGGAACUACAAAAACUUUGUCAAAAUAGCGGCGCGGCGCUAAUUAUAGACGAGGUGCAAACUGGGUGCGGGCCCACGGGCAAGAUGUGGUGCUACGAGCACUUCGAGCUGCCGGCGCCGCCCGACGUGCUCACCUUCAGCAAGAAGAUGUUGACUGGCGGCUUCUACUUCAAACUCGCGGAAAGGCCCUCACACCCAUAUAGGGUGUUCAACACAUGGAUGGGUGAUCCAGGAAAACUUAUAUUGCUGGAGAAAGUUUUACAAGUGAUUAAGAAUGAAAAUCUAUUGGCCUUGGUUAACGAAACCGGGAAAGUUCUUAAGGAUGGCUUACACAAACUGGAAAGCGAGUUCCCACAGGUGAUCGACAGCGUGAGGGGUCGCGGCACUUUCUUAGCGUUCAACGCCACCGAUACCAAAUGCAGGGAUAAGAUUGUUGCUGAUUUGAAAACAAAUGGUGUGUUGGGAGGCGCUUGCGGAGAGACCAGUGUCCGCCUCAGACCAGCCUUAGUGUUCGCGCCAAAACAUGCCGCAAUAUAUUUAGACAUUUUAAGGAAAACUCUAAGGGAAAUAUAAGUAUGUUUUGCAUAUAUGUUCGAUCCCUUGAGGGGUAUAGUUGCAAAAAUGUAGGACAUCUCCACGAUACUUCUUUUGUUGUGAUAUAAAGAUAACUCUAAGAGGAAAUUAUUCAAACUUAUUAGUUUUGAAGUUUAUUUUACAUUUCAAAAUUUAGAUAAUAAAUUACUUAUUUAUACAAUUUUGUGAUAAAAAGUAUUAUAACUUUUAAGAAUUAAUUUUAUUAUAAAUAAUUUUUGAUAAGUGCCAUAUUAUGCUUCGAGUGAAUUAAGUUCUAAGUGAUUGUAAAACUGCUUUAUUUUACUGUACUGUAAUUGAACUGUUUAAAUGUUAUUGUUGCAUUUAUUACAUAUCUUUUUCCUUUUAAAUGGAUCUCUAACUUAUACAUUAUGUGAUAUAAUAUUAGCAUUGCCACACAUAAGUCUUCCAAUUUGAUGUUAGGUUCGACAAAGCGGACAAAGAAUACUGUAUGAUGUGCAAUUAAGACCAUUUAGGGUUUAAAAUUGUUACUUGAAUAUACAAUUAUGUAUUGUUUAUUAUAUUGUGUCUAUCCCAUUGUUAGAAUAUUUGUCUUGUAAUUACUAAUGCGAUAUUCUGACAUAGCACGCCUCAAAUAAGUCUUCCAAUGAUGUUAAAAUUAGGAAAAAAAUGCAAUAAAUUAAUAUAUUAUGCUUUA